AGGUUCAAUUCACAGCCAUAUGAAACACCAACAAGGGCACAGGAACCCCAAUAGUUACACAUAUACCUUAAAAUAUGCACCUACUCGCUGUGCAGCUGCACAGACGUCCACGGAGCAAGGCAUCCUUCCUCCCUGCCAUCACCACGAAGCAGUGCAUGACCCCCAGUUGGUUCCCUGCACGUGCCCACUCUUCUCCUGUCCAUGGGAAGGGCACCUGGAGGUGGUGGUGUCCCACCUGAGGCAGACCCAUCGUAUCAAUAUCCUUCAGGGGGCAGAGAUUGUUUUCCUGGCCACGGACAUGCACCUGCCUGCACCUACAGACUGGAUCAUCAUGCACUCUUGCCUUGGCCACCAGUUUUUGCUGGUUCUCAGGAAGCAGGAGAAGUAUGAAGGCCACCCCCAGUUCUUUGCCACGAUGAUGCUGAUUGGCACGCCGACCCAAGCCGACAACUUCACCUACCGGCUUGAGCUCAACAGGAACCAGAGGCGCCUCAAGUGGGAGGCAACCCCCAGGUCGGUACUGGAGUGUGUUGACUCUGUCAUUUCCGACGGGGAUUGUCUUGUGCUGAACACUUCCCUGGCUCAACUCUUUUCUGACAACGGAAGCCUAGCGAUAGGGAUUGCAAUAACCACCAGCAAAGUUCACAACGCCGAAGCUGAAAUGUGAGAGGGAAGAGGAAGAAGAGGAGGAGUAACAAUGGUGCUCUAGCUGCCUUGGAAGAGCCAGAACUUGUGGACUUUUCG